CAAAUGUAACAGCAUUGUUUUUUCAUUUGAUUGAUCUUUAUUGAAUCUGAAUUAAGUUAGAACAUAUAACAUCUUAUUCUGAACCUAAUUUCCUUCCUGGGUUUGGAUGCAAAUCGUGACCAUUUCAGUCAGAACAAUCUGCAAGAUGAUUCAUGGAACUAAAACAGAAUAUUAGGUUUCAAUCUGUGUCCAAAGCUGCUCAGCUUGAAGUUCGAUGUUGACGUGAACUUUACAAAGCACCAGAAGAUGCUGUUGUUGUUUUUCUUCUCUUUCAAUGCCAAGUUGGAUGCAUCCCAGAGAUUUGCAGGCAUCCAUGAGUUUCUAGUAUGAAAUCCCUGAUCCAGACAGUAGACCCUGGAGCACCAUCACCCUCCACAGCUGUCUGUCAGAUGUACCCUGGUCUAUUUGGGGAGGCAGGCCACUCCAAAUUCCUCUCCAACAGAUAAUCCCAAGGAGAAAGAUGGGGAUGAAGGAUGUAAGAGGUGGAUCAGGGAUGGCUUUUGGUCUGGAAUUUUCCAAAUCAGCUAGAGCAGCUUCACAACACGUCAUAGGAUGUUUUACCUGUAUGUAGCUUCAUUCACAAUUUGUAUGAAAUAGUGAAACGGGAGAUGGACAUGAAUUAAGGGUAAGAUGAGGAAAAAUAGAAAAGAGGGGAUUUUACACUCUGAUAAAGGGCAGAUGUGCAGGAGACAGAGGGAAAAGAGGCAUAAAUGAUAAGCAACUUAAGAAAGUUUCACCCUCAGCCUCUGUAAUCUUAACAUUUGGCGCUACGAGUAAAAAAAGGGAACAGGACUGUUUCUACAUAGUUUUUUUAAAAGUCACUAAUCAUUAUUCUUGACUUUUAUCAAGCUAUUUCAGACGUAUAUCCUUAAAGAUAAAGAUUGGCCCCUCAUCCUCUAACUAACAACAUUAAGAGAUUUAUUUAUCAUACACAUUAUCAGUUGAAAUUGUCAGACAUACUUAUACACUUACAUCAUUUUAAGUUAUUUAUUUAAUUUUUAAUGAGAUAACUAUACAGUUCACAUUUUUUUAGCAACUUUUCUUUUUAAAGAUAUUUUUGGCUUUUAUUUUUUUAAAUUAGUUAGACAGGAAACUUGGUUAGAGAGGAGGGAAGGCAUCCAGUAAACAGCCAUAGCCCGGGAUUCGAACCUGCACCCCCCACACGGGUUGAUAGUAUUUAAGAUAGUAUAUAGAUAGUGAAAAAGUAUAUACUUUUUUAUGAUAUAAUGAAAUUUGCAAGUUAACCCUUUUUUAUCUCUUACUUCUAGUUUCUAUCGAAUCACCAAUCUGUUACAUCCAUAUAGUCAUACUUUUAAGGUCAACUGUCUGAUUUCUUUCGAAUUAUUUUUUAUUUAUUCUCCAUAGAUAUUUGUCAGAUUAUAUUUCUAUUCGAUUGUAUUAUCUACUGUAAUUUGUUUUUUAAGCUACCAUGUCAAUCAAGAACAACAGAAGUCUGACAGUCAUGUGUCAACGGUCUCAUGUUUGUACGACUGGCGUCUGCUUCUCAUUCAGGCAUCAGAAGUGUGAACAGAUGAUGUGGUCCAUCUGGCUGCGAGACACACGCUCCAAACUGUUAUGUGUGUGUUUGCGCCUGUGUGUGUUUCUAAUCUUUUCUGUCUCUCUUUCAGUGAGGUCUAAUCAGUAGGAUGCCAGAGCAUGUGUGAGUGAUUAGGCUUUGUGUUCUUAUUAUAGAUCAUUUACUCAUGCACAUACACACACUCAAAAGCUUAUACUGUCUAAUCUUUGCUUAUUUUUGGCUUUUAAACAAUGUUUGCUCUUCUUCUUCACAGGCAAGAGGUGAGACCGCUUCAACUACUAACUGUGAUCAAAGCAUACAAGUGUUACAACUAUAAUUCCGCUUUAAACUCCUUAAUUCACAAUAUUAAGCCACAAAAGAACUACUCACAUAUUUGUAUGGAUAAUAUCCUUUCUAUGUAGAGGAAACCAAAGAUCUCAGCUUCAAGGAAGCUGAUGCUAAAGGUAAGUCUUUUACAACCUGAUCAUAUAAUAUACAGCCACAGGAGGGCGAUAGAGAUGACAAAUAACAUGAAACAUCUGGUUCUGACACCCAGUUGUCUUGCCAUGCAUCUGACUUUGUGUGUGCCAGUGUCUGAGGAGGAUUUGUUUGUGCAGAGUCUGAUGGUGGCAAAGGCUAAAGAGGAAUUGGAGCAGGAGGUUCUUGACAAAGAGGAGGAGAAAGAGAAGUACCUGACAGAGAGAGCACCUGCUCUUCACGCCGGCGCUCUGAGCCUCGCUCAGCUACAAGAUCUUUGCAGAGAGCUUCAUGCCAAGGUAGAUGUGGUUGAUGAGGAGCGAUAUAACAUUGAAGCCAAAGUCAUGCUCAACACACGUGAGAUUAAAGACCUGAGCAUCAAAGUGCUGGACCUCAGGGGGAAAUUUAAGAGGCCUAAUCUUCGACGUGUUCGUGUGUCUGCUGACGCUAUCCUCCGCUCGCUGCUGGGCUCCAAACACAAAGUCUCCAUGGAUCUUCGGGCCAAUCUCAAGUCUGUCAAGAAAGACGACACUGAGAAGAAAAGGCCCGCAGAAGACAGCGACUGGAGGAAGAAUGUGGAGGCCAUGUCGGGGAUGGAGGGAAGGAAGAAGAUGUUCGAUGCUUAAAGGUUCAGCUCAGUGAAACCAGCAGAUGGGCUUUUGUCAUGAGCAACAUCCCUGUAUCAUAAUUUGUUUGUGUUUUAGUUAAAUUCAUCUGCCAUGUAAUAUGAUUUAUUUUAUUCUAGUAACUGAUAAAAUGUCAAAAUCUUUUACAUGUAUCUCUAAAACAAUUACAUGGACAGAGUUAUACCAUAAUUAACAGAAAUACUGAGAUGAUAACUAGCACUUAGGCCACAUUAAACUGCAUAUCUGAUAGUAUUUUUGGUUGGGGAUAAACUUGCUGUGCAUCUGUUACAAAAUUAUGUUGUUCAUGCUGCAUCAAGUGGAUUACAUCAAAACUUGGCAAACUUGUCAAAACAAAAAUAUGAGAUAAUAAAUAAAAAUUCCUUUUUCA